UAUUACUAUCCUUUAAUUUAAUUUCAUCAGGGUCAGGAUCUCUUUGUCAUUUUGGGCACUCUCUCUCUCUCUCUCUUAUCUUUCCUUCUGGCUGCACCGUAAGCAACCAAGCUGUCUCUUGUUGGUAGCACAGAAGCACAAUCCCUAAUACCCCAUUUCUCUCUCUCUCUCUGCUUAUAAUUUUCUUUUGCUUAACCUAAAUGAAGACCAUUAGAGAAAUAGCUAUGUCCAGACAUCAUUCUUAAAGGUGCUACCUAGCUUCUUGCGGCUCUCACUUUCUUACAUACUUUUGGGGAUUUAAAGGAGAGAUUUUGAAGAGUUAAGCAUGGAAUUUAGAGCUCAAGAUAACGAGAUGAGGACGUCACCAGCUGGGACAUUGACAUAUAAUACCCAUGUGAGUAAAGAAGGAGGAGGAGGAGAAAGAAGAUCAAGAUCGGUUAAUAAUAAUCAUAAUCAUAAUCAUAAUGGUUCUACAAACACUAUGAGUUGCACUAAUCAAACCCUAGACACUAACUACCCACCUCGCUUAAGUUUCCAUAACCAAACCGGCCAGCUUCAUGGGUCUAGAGAUCCGGACCCAGAUCGGGUUACCACCUUGCCCAUAACGACGACGUUUUCGCCUUCGGGAGCUUCAGCCAAUAAGUCUUCCUCCAAAACCACAUCAUCCUCCGCUAUCAGGUACAGAGAAUGCCUUAAGAACCACGCGGCCAGCACCGGCGGCAACAUCUACGAUGGCUGCGGUGAGUUCAUGCCAAGUGGCGAAGAAGGAUCUCUGGAAGCUCUCAAAUGCGCUGCUUGUCAGUGCCACCGGAAUUUUCACCGGAAAGAGAUCGACGGUGAGUCUCAAUUAUACAGUCCGAGUUCAAGAAGAUCGUCAAGUACAAAUGCUACUACUCUGAUGCUGAAUGCUCUACAACUCCCUCCACCAUUGCCAUCUCCAUCUGGGUUUCAUCACCAUCACCAUCACCACAAGUAUUUCAACCACGGCGCCCCUCAGAUUAUUCAGCCGAUGAAUGUUGCUUUCGGUGGUGGCGGAGCAGCAGGUACCGAAUCUUCGAGCGAAGAUCUUAAUAUUUACGGAUCCACCGCCGAGGCUGCUGCUGCUGCAGCGGCGGCACCGCCUCCUUUCGGGUCAAAGAAGCGGUUCAGGACAAAGUUCACGCAGGAGCAGAAAGAUAAGAUGCUGGAGUUCUCAGAGAAAGUUGGGUGGAGGUUUCAAAAGCAGAACGAGGAAGAGGUUGAGAGGUUUUGUGCUGAGGUUGGAAUUAGACGACAGGUUCUCAAGGUUUGGAUGCAUAAUAACAAGAGCACUAUGAUGAAGACUAAGCCUAACAAUAAUAACAAUAAUAAUAAUCAAGACAUGAAUAGAGUAGUACUGAUGAACGAUGAUAAUAACAUGGUCGCCUCCAAUCAUCAUCAGUCAUCUAUUGAUGAGGUAAGUCAUAAUCAUGAUGAUGAACCAGUCCUUGAUCAGGAAGAAGUAUUAGAUACUUAGAUUAUAUCAUAUUAUUACCUAAUUUAUAUAUAUAUAUAUUAUUAUUAUUUAACUAUCUUUUUUUUUUCUCUUUUUUAAUUAUGUGUAAGAGCUAGCUCUCUCCUUGGUGAUGAUCAGGUUACGUAUGGGUGUUAGAGGAGGGCAUUAAGAUGAUGACUACGAUGAUGCAUGAUCAAAAUAUAAUUUGUAUGAUUCUUAAAAACCAUGCACCUUAAUUAUUAUUAUUAGUAUUACUACCCUAUUAUCUUGUAGCAUUAACUAUAUAUAUAUAUCGUUUUUGUUUUGUUGUCUUUUUUGUUUAUGAUGACUUGUUAUAAUUUGUUUUUAAUUUAAUUAUUAGUGGUUUCUUUCUUCUCUAGCUUUCAAUGUAUUCUAUGAAUUGAGAACUAUUUGUUCCCAUCUAAUUAAUCUUAUAUUAAUCUUCUUCCCACAUCCA